UUCAAAUGCGCGAAACAAACAAAAGAAAGAAAAGGAAGUGAUCAUGCUAACAGAUUCGGACUCAGAAGAACCUUUCACUUCGGAAUCAAUUGACUGGGACGCACCAGAACCAAAUAUCAUUUGGAUGCCGUCCUCUUGUUCACGUUUUCGGAUAUCGGUAAAGGUCGCAAAAGCCAUGGGAAUCGAUCACUGCCGUACGGUGACCAUUCAAAGGCGUGGUGUCGAAACCACUUUGAACGUCUCGGCUGAACCAAAAAGAGGAAAAAAGAAAAACAGGUUUACUGUAUUGGGAUGGUCAGCAUGGGUUCGUGAAAACAACAUCAAGCAGGGUUAUCUUUGCGUUUUAGAGUGGUAUGAGGAUAUGCCUACACUCUUUGUUAGGGAUGUAAUCAAAGAAUAAUGGGGUUAGUACCAUAGAUGAAAACCGUUCAACCAUUUUAUAUGGUAAUUUUGGCUAAAAAACGGUUUUCGCAAUAAGUAGAUAAGUAAGUAGCAAUG